AUGGCUCCCGCCGUCGGUAUCGACUUGGGUACCACGUACUCUUGCGUGGGUAUCUUCCGUGAGGACCGCUGCGAUAUCAUUGCCAACGACCAGGGCAACCGCACAACCCCUUCCUUCGUUGCCUUCACCGACACCGAGCGUCUCAUCGGUGAUGCCGCCAAGAACCAGGUGGCCAUGAACCCCUCCAACACCGUCUUCGACGCCAAGCGUCUCAUCGGCCGCAAGUUCAGCGACCCCGAGGUCCAGGCCGACAUGAAGCACUUCCCCUUCGCCAUUGUCGACAAGGGCGGAAAGCCCAUCAUCCAGGUUGAGUUCAAGGGCGAGACCAAGCAGUUCACGCCUGAGGAGAUCUCCUCCAUGGUCCUCACCAAGAUGCGCGAGACAGCUGAGGCCUACCUCGGCGGCACCGUCCAGAACGCCGUUGUCACCGUCCCCGCCUACUUCAACGACUCUCAGCGUCAGGCCACCAAGGACGCCGGUCUCAUUGCCGGUCUCAACGUCCUCCGUAUCAUCAACGAGCCUACUGCUGCUGCCAUUGCCUACGGUCUUGACAAGAAGAUGGAGGGCGAGCGCAACGUCCUCAUCUUCGACCUUGGUGGUGGUACUUUCGAUGUUUCCCUCCUGACCAUCGAGGAGGGUAUCUUCGAGGUCAAGUCCACCGCUGGUGACACUCACCUGGGUGGUGAGGACUUCGACAACCGCCUUGUCAACCACUUCGUGACCGAAUUCAAGAGGAAGAACAAGAAGGACCUGUCUACCAACGCCCGUGCCAUGCGCCGUCUCCGCACCGCUUGCGAGCGUGCCAAGCGUACCCUCUCGUCGUCGGCUCAGACCUCGAUCGAGAUCGACUCCCUCUUCGAGGGUAUCGACUUCUACACCUCCAUCACCCGUGCUCGCUUCGAGGAGCUGUGCCAGGACCUCUUCCGCUCGACCACCAACCCGGUCGACCGUGUCCUGGCUGAUGCCAAGAUCGACAAGAGCCAGGUCCACGAGAUCGUUCUUGUCGGUGGUUCCACCCGUAUCCCCCGCAUCCAGAAGAUGAUCACCGACUACUUCAACGGCAAGGAGCCCAACAAGUCCAUCAACCCCGACGAGGCUGUUGCCUACGGUGCUGCCGUCCAGGCCGCCAUCCUGUCUGGUGACACUUCUUCCAAGUCCACCAACGAGAUCCUUCUUCUCGAUGUUGCCCCUCUCUCCAUUGGUAUCGAGACCGCCGGUGGCAUGAUGACCAAGCUUAUUCCCCGCAACACCACCAUCCCCACUAAGAAGUCCGAGGUCUUCUCCACCUUCUCCGACAACCAGCCUGGUGUCCUGAUCCAGGUCUACGAGGGUGAGCGCCAGCGCACCAAGGACAACAACCUCCUUGGAAAGUUCGAGCUCACUGGUAUCCCCCCCGCUCCCCGUGGUGUUCCUCAGAUCGAGGUCACCUUCGACGUCGAUGCCAACGGUAUCAUCAACGUCUCCGCCAUGGAGAAGGGCACUGGAAAGUCCAACAACAUCACCAUCACCAACGACAAGGGACGUCUCUCUAAGGAGGACAUUGAGCGCAUGCUGUCCGAGGCCGAGAAGUACAAGGAUGAGGACGAGGCCGAGGCUGCCCGUGUUGGCGCCAAGAACGGUCUUGAAUCCUACGCCUACUCUCUCCGCAACACCAUGUCCGACCCCAAGGUCGACGAGAAGAUUGAUGCCUCUGACAAGGAGACCCUCAAGACUGAGGUCGACAAAGUCGUUGAGUGGCUCGACGACAACCAGCAGGCUACCAAGGACGAGUACGAGAGCAAGCAGAAGGAGCUCGAGGGUGUUGCCAACCCCAUCAUGAUGAAGUUCUACGGAGCUGGUGGUGAGGGUGCUCCCGGCGCCGCUCCCGGCGGUGCCGCUCCCGGUGGCGCUACCGGCGCUGGUGGCGACGAUGGCCCCACCGUUGAGGAGGUCGACUAA